UCCUUUAUGUUUAAAUCUAAGAUCUUUAGCUAUACGUAAUCCAUAGGUUCAUUGACAUUGCAUAUUUUGAUAGGUCUUCAUUUUCUUUUCGCAUAUUAUUUUUAUAAUACCUGCCUUUCAUCUUGAUCAUUGUAUGGAGUGAUGCUAUGUGAUAUUGUUUUAAUUAUGUUUCCUACUAAUAUAGUAAUUUAACUAGUGUUUCAUGAUUCCCCAGCCUUUUGGGUACGUGGUACCGAUCAUGUAUGUGAACCAUUAGAUGGGAUAUGGGGGUCGAUAUUAGGAUCCCAUAUCCCUUUUUAGUUAUAUCUCAAUAAACAUUUUAUAGUUUAGUUAUUGAUUUUUGUAAUUAAAAUAUAUAUAUUUUAGCCGAUAUAUAGUAGUAAGUAAAUUAGAAAAUGAAAUUUUAAAAUUAUAUGUAAAACGGGGAGGAACUUCAGUAUGAAAUUUUAAGGGGAUAUAAAUAUGUUCUUGUAAUCAAGGCAUGUCUCACGUGUCCUUUUUCUUUCAUCUACAUCAGCUUACCAACUCCUUACUUUUCUUAUUCCUUUUAUUAAAGUACAUUUUAAAUGUAAUUUCAAUCAAGAUGGUAUCAAAUCAAGUUAUCUUCCUUUUUAAACGAAAAUUUCUUAAGAAUAACAUAUUUUUGGAGAUGUAUAUAUUGUAACAUCUUAAAGCAGGCAUGUUUACAAUGCUUUGGAUUGCGUUUGUAAAUAUAUUUUUGCAUAUACUACUGCGGUAAUACAUAAAUGGUCAAAAAUGUAUUUUAAACUUCUGAAUAGAAAUUUUCAAAAAAGGGUAGCCCUCGUAAACUCCUGUUAUGUUACAUGCUUGAGGAAAGUGGUCAACAACCACCAGAUUUUGCCCUGCGAAGGUUAACCUUAGUAAGGCCAAGAAUAGCUAAAACUUAUUAAAAGCCCUGUUCUCGAACGAGCCCAGGAGUAAACUCACAUUAAGACCUAUAGUGUCGGAUCAAUCUCUUCUCGGGUACAUGAAUUUUGAACAAAGAUCAGAUAGCAUUCCAUCCUACGUGAUUGCACAUGCUUGAAGAGCGCGUAUGCCACUCGGGUUAAUAUACAAAUGCUUAGGUCGUAAUUUGGCGAGAACAUAGCAAUGAAAUUUCUGACGGGACUUUUGCACAUAUAAAAAAUUUGUUAAAGGCAUAUCCUAAAUUAUUCCUUACAUGAUGUAAUCCACACAUAUAAUCGAGCACUAUAGUGUUCCAUCUAGUUUAAUAAUAUUUGACUUUCAGUUCUUUCACCGACUCAAGAAAUUCGGAAGCUUGAAGAAUAUUUAAAUCUCCACUAAGUGCCCUGAAGAUUCGGGGUAGUUAGUGGCAUAUACAAAUAUUUCUAAUAAUCCCCGAAUUUCUAAUACUAAUUACAGAUUAAAAUUAAUAAUUCAAUGCCCAAGAUAUCUUUUCUUUGACACAAGGAAAGAAUCAACAAAUAAACGGAAAAUAUCUGUAAACGAUAUCCUCCAAAUUAGGAAGGUAUCACAAUUCAAAGGUUAUAUCAAAUAAAUUCAAUUAAUUUCACAAUUAAGUUAGUUUAGUCCUAAAGUCUCCUAGGAUAAGUCCAGUGACAAUGUAACUGUGUGAGCUUGUUGCUAUAAAAACAUAGGUAUGGAGACAUCUUGGAUCUGAUAUACAAGACAAAUCGACACAUGACAGUACAUACUUUCUACAAACCCUAACCCCUUAAUAUAGCCAUUAUCGAUAUACAUCAGCUUUAUUAUUCUGUCCAAAACAUUGUUAACGAAGUUCUAUGUUAAUAAUAUUAUAUAUUAUAAUAUUUUAGGAAUUUAGGAAUGAGUUCAGGUAUGUCAGUUCGGCACGAAACAGACCCUUUUUCUGAGAUAAAUUUUCACCCAAUCUGAACUCGAAAUGCAAAUCCCCCAACCCAAAUUUGUAUAUUCUUUUCCUGUCGGGUUUCGGGUUGUGUCAAAAAAUGCCACCUUUAAUGAGGGCUCGCAUGAAUUUAAAUGAUAAAAUAAAAAGAUGGAUGAAUAAAAAGAUAGGGAAUCAAUACUUAUAUUUCUUUAAGGGAGAUGCUAGAGGCUGGCAUCUCGAAAAUCCAGUUCACAAGCCCAACCCACCUAAUGUAAAGACAUAUGUGGGAAAAAGUCAGAGGGUAAUAUACUAAUAUGGUCUAAUUACACGGGGGGGUCACAAGCAUUUUGUGCGAAGAAAGUAAAGGAUAAAGGGGAAGGAGGGAUGAAGAAAGAGAUAGGCAAGUAAUAAAUCUUAAAAGUCCGGUGUUCAGCUUUCAUUAAUUAGUAAGUUUUAUAAUCUAUAAUUCUAUAUAUCUACAUAUCUUGUUUCUUGUCAAUUAAACUCUUAUUACUACGGGCUUUGCGCUCCGCUCCGUUCCCCCAAAAUCUCAACACUCUAUUUCCCAGUUGAAUUCUCAAAACCCUAAUUUAAAUCAAUUAAUGGCGGCGACAAAUAAUGGAAAUAGAGAUCUGGAUUAUUACAAAAUCAGAGGAACUAACAUAAUUGUCAGGCCCGGAGAUUCUGUAUCAAUGCGACCAUCAGAAUCUGAUAAGUUACCAUACAUUGCACGAAUUGAAAAGCUCGAAGAAGAUAGUCAGAGCAAUGUGAAGGUCCUAGUGCGUUGGUACUAUCGCCCCGAGGAAGCUAAAGGAGGGAGAAGACAGUUUCACGGGGCAAAGGAGCUCUUUUUAUCUGAUCAUUAUGAUGAUCAGAGUGCUCUUACUAUUGAGGGCAAAUGUGUUGUGCAUUCCCUUAAGAAGUAUACCAAGCUUAAGAGUGUUGGUGCGGAGGAUUAUUUUUGUCGGUAUAAGUACAGGGCAGAAGAUGGAGCCUUUACGCCGGAGCGGGUUGUAGUUUUUUGCAGAUGUGAGUUGCCGUACAACCCUGAUGAUUUGAUGGUCCAGUGUGAAGGGUGCUGGGAUUGGUUUCAUCCUUCUUGUAUUGGCAUGACGAACGAUGAAGCUCAGAUGUUGGAACAUUUCUUUUGUGCUGAUUGUGCAUCCUAGUUUGUGCCGAGGGUGCUUAUUGGACAUCCCAGCUAGCACCUUCUACUGAGGCUAAGGCAGAACCCUAAGCAAAAUUUGAUUCGAUGAAAUUUCCCAUUGGUUGCUAGAUACUGGGAUAAGCGGUCGUGCAGAUGUAUGUUGACUGCAGCAUCUUAUGUUUACUUAGUUGGUUUUUUUAAUCUCGGUAGUGCUAAACUAAAUGUAAUUGGAUGGAAAAAAUUGUUGCGUGUGUCUUAUUUGAUAAUGCAAUUAUGUUUGUCUAAGUUGUUUUGACAAAUUUGUGUAUGAUGGUAGAAUCAUACAUUUGGCUUUCCAAUUUGGUAGCAUUUUAUUAGGACCUGUUAUGGCCUCCUCUUUAUGCAUGUAAUGUGUGUAAGAUUAUUACAUAUACAUAUAAUAUAUAUGCAUGUGUGUAUGUAUGUUGUUGAUAAA